GAACCUUUUAAUCAGUUGACAAAUUUUACAUUAAAUGAUCUUUCGCAGAUAUAGCACUGCGUAGCAUUUAAGUGUUCAAAUACAACGAGAAAGAAAUCCAUCCUAUAAUGUCAUCCCAGCCCCCAAAUUUUCUUCAGACCGAUAUGGAGAAAGCAGCAAUGCAGCAUCGCUUAAGCAUGCAAUUGAAUUUACUGCAACACUUACAAAUGCAAUUAAUGGCCGGCUUGGCACCUCCGUCACCACCAAAUCAACCGCAAAAUUUAUUAUCGCCUUUGGAACAAGCAGUAACCGGGAAUAAUAAUUUGCAAUCAAUUAUGCACCCGUUUUAUUCGCGUUUAAGUCAUCCGACACAAUUGGCAUCCGUGUUAUCUACGUCAUCGAACGUACCUACACCACAACCUUUUCAACCGCAUACAGGAUCAUCAUUCGACAUGAAUAAUAUAAAUAAUGAAUUAUUGCGAAUGAAAAAACUAAAAUCGGCUGAAUAUGAAUCAAUAAAGAAAGAAGGGAAUUCGCCAAUGAUGAGUAACAAUAACAACUUCCAUUUGUCGGAAUAUACGUCAAAAUCUCACGAGUCUCAAGAGAGCUCAGAUAAAUCACUUAGUUGCGCUUCUGCUCCCACAAUGGAAAAAGUACGCAAACAUCGUCAAAUGAAUGCUUUCCCAUCGAAUCUUGGUACACAAUUUAUAAAUCCAGCGACUGGCAAGAAACGAAUUCGAUGCAAUGUUUGUUUUAAAACUUUUUGCGAUAAAGGUGCAUUAAAAAUUCAUUUUUCGGCUGUUCAUUUGCGUGAAAUGCACAAAUGUACAGUCGAAGGAUGUACAAUGAUGUUCAGUUCAAGAAGAUCACGUAAUCGUCAUAGUGCAAAUCCAAAUCCAAAACUUCAUUCAUCAAACUUACGAAGAAAGAUUUCUCCACAUGAUGGACGAAGCUUCCAAGCUCGUGCAAUGUUUUUCCCACAAGUUUCAGUUCCUAAGGUUCCAGUUCUAUAUCCAAACGAUGCCGUCCUCCAAUUACCACCAGCAUCAUCAUCCCAAUACGUCAAUCAACCUUCAGCAUCACCUUCAGUCGACUCUAUAAAGUCUGGCGAGUGCGAGUAUAAUGACACGAGUGUCAGCGAUUAUGAGGAUGAUGGCAAUAUUUCUGUAGAUGAUUUCGAAAAUUCAUUAAACAAUCCCAUCGUGAGCGACACUGAGUCACAAAAUGAACCACAUGAUUACAGCGUAAAGAAAACUUCACCAACAAUAAGAGUGAAGAGUGACAAAUACUUGACGGGUAAGCAAGACUUUGCUGAUGAUAUUGUCAUUACUAACUCGAAACGCAAGCGGAAAAGUCAGAACCCUAUUAAAUGCACCAAUAGCACUCUCGACUUGGUUAUGGGAUCAAAACUGAUGAAAUAUAACGAACCUAGUGAGACAAUUGAAAAUUCUUCAGAGAAAUUAAACUGCGAGCUGUCAAAAAACUUUAAUAAUAUUGAUGAAUCGUCUUCUGAGUUGGUGGCAAAUGACAAAAGAGAACUGGAUGAAAAUGAAGCGAUUGAUCUUCGCUCAAAAUCUCCAAAAAACUCAUCGAAAAAUUUGCACAGCAAGAAACUGUUUGGUCCUAAAUACCCACCGUUCAAUUUUUUAAUUAAUUCCAUUCUCUCGAAACCACCGGCAACAUCAGAUGGAGAAAGUGAGUCGGAUGUAAGCUCCACAAAUGAACACGAAGACAAUCGUUAUUUUCAAGAGAAUGGAUCAUUCAUCAGAGUGUUCUAGGAUUCCGAUAAUAUUUUUUAAAUAAGAAAAUCAAAAAUCAAGAUUUAUGCAGUGAUACAUAAAAGAUCGUCCGAUGUAUGUUUUUUAGAGAUAAAAAAUAGUAUUCUUUGAAUCUCAGUUAAAUUUGUCACGUUGUCUCACGUCUCUGUUAUUUAAGUAGGAAAUAAAUAAAUACCUAAAUAAAUUUUCUUUUAUGUAUGAUCAUGAUUCAUAAUCAGCCGUCUUGGUAUUAUCGCGAAAUUUUUAAAUGUCUUCUUAAUAAUGAAAAAGAGAGUG